UUGCCAUAUAUAUAUAUAUAUAUAUAUAUAUAUAUAUAUAUUGAAGAUUAUAUUGUGGCAUUAUUAUUGGUGUAAUCAGAGUCUCUCAUGAAGAAGAAGAGUUCCACAAUGGAUUGCCUUCUUUUGCGCUUCUUGGUGCCUUUGUUUCUUCUUGUCUCCUUCUCUUCCUCUUAUUCUUCUGCAGAUGAAGCCUUUUCAGGUGAUGAAGUCAACGCCCUUGGAAAUGAAGACUUGACAAGAACAACGUUGAAGAAGGGUGAGAAUGAGGAAGAGAAGUUCAAGUUUAUUCCACAUCACAAGCCAUUCUUCAAGAAGCCAUUCUUCAAGAUCCCUCCAAAAGUCCCACUGAAGCCAUUCCCAGUUGUUGGAAAACCAAUUCCAGUCAAUGAUGAGAAGCCAUUGCCAAUUCCCGGAUUCAAAAAGCCUUUCCCUAAGCCUUUCCCAUUUGUGAAGAAGCCAAUCCCUAAGCCUUUCAUUCCAAAGCCAAUUCCCUUUGUGGAAAAACCAUUUCCCAAGCCUCUUCCAAAGCCAAUUCCCUUUGAAAAGAAACCAUUUCCCAAGCCUCUUCCAAAGCCAAUUCCCUUUGAAAAGAAACCAUUUCCCAAGCCUCUUCCAAAGCCAAUUCCCUUGGAGGAGAAACCAUUUCCCAAGCCUCUUCCAAAGCCAAUUCCAUUUGAGAAGAAACCAUUUCCCAAGCCUUUCAUUCCGAAGCCAAUCCCAGUUGAUGAUGAGAAGCCAUUGCCAAUUCCUGGGUUCAAGAAACCCUUUCCAAAGCCUUUCCCUAAGCCUUUCAUUCCAAAGCCAGUUCCUUUUGUGAAGAAGCCAAUUCCUAUUGUGGAGAAACCAUUUCCCAAGCCAAUUCCAUUGGUGAAGAAGCCAUUUCCAAAGCCUUUUCCAUUCCCAAAAAAGCCCUUCUUCCCACCAGUGAAUCCUUGAAACAUAAACUUUUCUAAAACCCUAAUUACAUUAUAUCCUUCCAUAUUACUGAAACAAAAACUAUCCGUGCCUUGUGUUGAAGUUAAAUAAUUAAUUAAUCCUCUCCUUUCUGGUUCUAUCUCAGGAUCAUCUGUUACUAUUUCAUCUGAAUUUGCAGAAAUAUUAGCUUAUGCAUCUCCAGUUUGUUUUGUAUUUGCCUUUUAUAUAUGCUGCUAUAAAUUAAAUAAAGCUUAUAAAUUAAAGCAGCAAUUACAUUACGUGUAUGUCACAAAAAUCCAUAUUAAUUGGAUGUAGUCCUUGUUAAUUA